AUGAAAGAAGCAAGUUUAAAUAAGCUUCGUCAAGAAAUCCUCGAAAUGCAAAAAGAAAACGAAAACCUCAGAAAAAUAGCCUACAUUAAUGCUAUGGAAGAGCUCGAGCAAGCAAAAACAGAAAACAAGCGUCUCCGGUACGAGCUUCAGCUGCUCUCAAGUCCAUCAAAGAAGAAAGUAACUAUUAAGCCCAUAGUCUAUCUUGAUCCUAUCGAAGAAAACGAAGGCAGAGUGUAUGCUGUGUCUUCAUUAGCCUCACCAAUAGCAAAAUCAAAGUCUACUAAAUUCAUACCAGGAUUAGAACGGAGUAGCUCAGGGUAUAAACUCGAGCUCCCUCCAAUAAACCCCAAUGCUGCCAGUAAAAAGGCUUAUUAUUCAUCUCAGCCAGCUUUAUCUCCUGCAAUGAGAGAAAUGCUUAUACAAGAAAGCAGACAACCAAUAAAGCCAAAACCAGUCAUUAAAUAUAACUCCACAUCUAAUGAAGAAGUUGAGGUAGCAAGAUUAGCCAAAAAGCGAAGAGAAACUUUUCAGAAUCUCGCAGCCAAGAAAUAUCACCUAACAGAUCGGAACUAUACCAAACUUGAAGGACACCAAAGACUUAUAGAAGAAGACAAUUUUGUCAGAAAUGGAAUUCUUAAUGGGGAUUUUGGGAAUUUCCGAGACGAAAACAUUUAUGUUGUUGAUAAAGACUCAUCAGUCGAGACUGUAAAACCAAGCAUCGUUAUUAAGCAGAGAGAAUUACAAGAAAAUGAUGAGACACAUAAAGCAGACGAAAAAAAGAAAACGAUAAAGAGAAUUCCAAUUGAAGAAAUAGACAUGACAAAGGCAGGGACUGAUGUGAGAGAGUACGAAGAACGAAUGAGGAAUGAUGAAAAAAAACUUCAAGAAGCAAAAGAACUUAUUAAAGCUAUUGAAACGAGGCAGAAGCAGCAACUUCAAGUUAUGGAAGAAGAGAAAAAAAGAAAACAAGAAGCGGAUAAAACUCCGAAAGCUACUGAGCUAGGUGAGAGAAGGAAGAAAACACAUAAAAUUGUUUGCUCUUAA